UCACAUGACUGUCACACGCACUUUACUACUGUACGGCAAUAGCCUGUUGUGAUCCAUUUUCUUUGUUUUUGUGAAAAGAAAUCGUGAGGAAAGGUGAUUUUAAAUGACCAUUUUUGUCUUAUUCAUAUACCAACGUUAUUGACUGGGACUUCAGUGAAAAGACAAGAUUGAAAGGAGUGAAGAAGUCCUCUGAGGAUAAAGGCAGAGAAACUUGCUGUGUGAACAUGAAGAUUGACGUGCCCUAUGAGAAGUUGUCAGACGUGUUCCAGAGGCGGUCGGACUCGAACAGCAAAGCUCAAACGUACUCCUGCUGUUUGGUGGCAGUAGCCUCCAUCGCCACUUUGCUCCUUUCCGCCAUGGCGGUCUACAACCUGCUAGCGCCUGAUGCCUCCGCUGAAACGUCUAAAAUCGCCGGUGAUCUGCGACUUGACCUAAAAUCCUGCUUGGACCCUUGCAAGAUUUCCCUGGUGGAGAGCAUCCCCGAGGGCUUGCUCUUUAACUCCAGCGACCCGUCUCACGGUUCCACGUACCAAGCGUGGCUGCAGCUGAUGCUCCAGGCCCGCAGUAGCGUAGACAUCGCCUCCUUCUACUGGACCCUCACCAACCAAGACACGGGCACCCACGAACCCAGCGCAGAUCAGGGUGAGAGCGUUCUGAAGAAAUUGGCCGAGCUGUCGGGUUCCUUGACGGUCCGCAUCGCCGUCAGCGCCCCGCAAGACGGUCAGACGACCGAAGAUCUCAGAAGGCUCAAUGAUUCAGGGGCUGACAUCAGGAUGGUGAAAAUGAAGCAGCUGACCACAGGGGUCCUGCACACCAAAUUCUGGGUGGUGGAUAAGAAACACAUGUACAUAGGAAGCGCCAACAUGGACUGGAGAUCCCUCACGCAGGUGAAGGAGUUGGGCGUGGUGGUGUACAACUGCAGCUGCCUGGCCGCAGACCUGGGCAAGAUCUUCGAGGCCUACUGGUUCCUGGGGACCAGCCAGUCCAUCCCAUCACCCUGGCCUUCCAGCUUCUCUACCCUUUACAACAAAGAAACUCCACUCAAACUGAGACUCAACGACACCCCGUCCAACGUCUACUUGACGAGUUCUCCUCUGUCCUUGUGUGCCACCGGCAGGACGUUUGACCUGGAGUCCAUCUUGAACGUGAUGGAGGAUGCCCAGAGUUUUGUCUAUAUCGCAGUCAUGAACUACAUGCCCACCAUGGAGUUCUCACAUCCCAAAAGGUACUGGGCUGAUAUUGACACCCAGCUGCGACGGGUAGCCUAUGAGAAGCACGUGCGAGUGCGCCUCCUGAUCAGCUGCUGGUCCCACACGCCGCCCGCCAUGUUGACUUUCCUCAAGUCGCUGGCAUCAGUCUCCGACCCAAAGAGCAAGCUGGACAUCCAGGUGCGACUCUUCGUGGUUCCAGCCAGCGCCGGGCAGAAGCGGAUCCCGUACGCCAGGGUCAAUCACAACAAGUACAUGGUGACAGACCAAGUGGCUUAUAUCGGUACGUCGAACUGGUGCGGCGACUACUUUGUCAACACUGCAGGCUCGGCAAUUGUGGUCAACCAGACGGCGACCUCGUCCCUUGAGCCAAGCGUUCAAUCGCAACUAAGGGACGUUUUCGAGAGAGACUGGAACUCGGAUUACAGCGUCCAGCUCACGCAGGACAGCGAUAUCAAAAACAUCUGUUAGUCCGCACGUUAUCAACAAAUAUUUCGUUGAGGAGCUCAUGCCGCCAAGGUUAAGGAACAUUUUCACAACUAGAAAAGCUGCUUUCGACAAGGACUUGGCACAUCGCCAUUAAGACAUCUUCCAUCAUAGCUCAUCUCAGGGAGAAACUGGACAUAUUUGUUUUUGUUUUCUGGAGUCUGCUGUGUGUAAAUACAUGAGAUCACAAGUUUCAAAAUUGAA